AUGACUAUCAUCGUUCCCGAGCCGGUUCUGACAGUGGAGAACAACAACCACAACAAUGUGGAAAGCAGAAACAGCCAUGAGAGCGAGAAGGUUAUGGAGCAAGGAGAAGAAAGACAUGACCUCAAGCUGGACGGCGGUUUCAUCGUCCCGGAAAGCAAUGCCUUUGGCAUUUCCUUCACGAAAAAGGAGAGAAAAUCAGGCGUGCAGGACUUCUACCGGAAAAACCACAUCAACCAAACCUACGAAUUUGCGAGGAAGAAGAAGGAAGAGUACGGAAAGCUUGAGAAGGCGGAGAUGAGCAUAUGGGAAUGUUGCGAGCUUCUGAACGAAUACGUGUACGAAAGCGACCCAGACCUGGAUGAACCUCAGAUCGAGCAUCUCCUCCAGACGGCCGAGUCCAUCCGGAGGGACUACCCCGAUCAGGAUUGGCUCCAUCUCACGGCUCUCAUCCACGAUAAAAGUUAUGCUGCACACAACCCAGCAUUUGGUGAGGAGCCCCAGUGGCGUGUCGUAGGUGGCACUUUUCCUCUGGGAUGUGCUUUUGACACUGCCAUUGUGCAUCAUCAAUAUUUCAAGGAAAACCCAGAUCACCAUAACCCGGGUUUCAACACCAAGUUGGGGAUCUACGCUGAGAACUGUGGACUUGAUAACGUCACCAUGUCUUGGGGCCACGACGAGUACAUGUACACGGUGGCAAAGGGUAAUAACACCACUCUCCCACCCGCAGCUCUCUUCAUCAUCCGCUUCCAUUCCUUUUGCGCUUUGCACCGAGCUGGAGCUUACACGUUCCUGAUGAAUGAAGAUGACAAGGGAAUGCUGAAGUGGCUCCACGUGUUCAACAAGUACGACCUUUAUAGUAAAAGCAUGGUUAGGAUCAACCAUGAAGAAGUGAAGCCAUACAAUCUCUCCCUCAUCGAAAAGUACUUUCCAUCUGCCAAGCUUAAGCUUAAGUAUUAA